CAGCAACAUCAAUCAAUAACGGGAUAUCAAACCCAUCGCACCCUGAUGCUCAUUGUUCAUUAUUCUUGAGAGUACCUCUUAGAUAGGAGAGACGGAAUCGCAAUGGCCCGCGUCAGCCUCAUUCCUGCACUUCUAGUAUCACCAAACUCUAGCGACGCCUUCGAAUGGAGCUUCCCUCCUAACCUGGAGUCUGAGAUAACCACCCUAGCCGCCUGGUGUCAAGUCAAGCAGAAGCAGAGGGCCCCCCUUUCUUUUUCCAUCGAGGAUAGUAAAGAUGAUCUGGAGGAGUCCACUGACGACGAAGAAUGCACUAAUCUGCUCAUUCCACCAUCCCUAGAUGGCGACACGCGAAUUAAAAAGGACUUUCUCGACCGACUCGCAGAACUACUUUGCUAUAGAAAAGACCCUUCAUUGAUCACGAGCACGGCGUUCAUCUAUAGUGAGAUGGAGGUGACUAUUGUGGCUGCUCGAAACUCGACCUCGGGCGGGAAAGCUUGGUCGGACGAGGAUAUCAAGAUGCUCGAAUACUUGGCCGAAGUCCUCGAGAGAGUUUCAGCUGACGACACUUUCGAGCCUCACCCGCUUCCGGCGCUGCAGAGCACCUUAGUGGAAUAUUACAGUCAAAGAAUUCGGCACCACGCGCAGAAUGCCAUGUCUAUCGAAAAGGGAAACACGGGAUUGAAUUUCUUCAAAGACGGCGUGUGUAAUGACGUCGUGUCCGGCAAUCUAGCUGUAUACGACUUUGCUAGGGGUGUUGAGGCCAUAUCCUAUAGUACGGACUUUUAUACCGAACUGAAGGUCAACCUGACACCCGAAAACCUUGGUCGCGUCGUGGAGGAAUUGGCGCAUAUUCGAAGGCCGAUGCAAGGUGCAGGAGCCUUUUUGCAUGUCGCUCAGCAAUGCCCUGGCUUUCGCAACGUUAAAAUCGUCUUACUCAAUAGUCUCCCGGCAAGGAAGGUCAAGAUAUGGCCGUUGCCCAAGGAAGAGUUUCCAGUCACCCCGCGGUUAGAACGGAAAUUCCGCAACGAAGUUAAGAAGCGCAAGAACCUCCAUGCCGAGAUGGUGCUAAUGGCCUAUCUUCUUGGCUCUAGGGGUCUCUGCUCGGAAGUUUUCCCGUAUCUUGGGGUUAGCAAGAAGACGUGCCUUCUUUGCGGGUACUUACUUCGGGAAAUAGGCUUUUUCGAAACUCGAGGGAACCACGGGAAAUGUUAUUCGCAAUGGACAUUUCCCCGCACACUACGGACGAACCCUGAGGUAGCCGAGAGACUACGGAGGGCUGUUCAGCGUCUGAGAGACAUUCUUUGGGAUGAAGGGAUAAAGUGCGACGUGUCUCACCGGGGUGCAGAGAAGGAAUCAGUGAUGGCGGUCCCGGUUCCGACCAGCGACAGGAGGAAGACGACGCUUUUUAAUAGCAUAGUCGAGGACCCUAGAUUUCUUGCGAGAGAGACAGAGUGGUUGGCCAUGUCUUACAAGCGCGAUAGAGAAGCCAACAUGACUCCUAGCUACGACAAACACAUUGUUGAGUCCUCUCAUGCACGGAAUGGCGCCAGUGUACCAGAAGUUAAUACUGGAGGGCUCAAAGGAAAAAAAGCCGACGCUGUUAGCCCAACAGUCUGCGCUUUCUGCAAGGCCACCUGCGAAUUCGCCCAUAUUUGUAAAAAAUAUGGGGUUGCCGCCUACUGUACUCCCGAUUGCUACCGAUCCGACUGGCAUCGACACAAAUUUUCUUGCAGCUUGGGCAGACCGACCGACGCCACGGAUUAUUUGGUGCUCGCUUGUCACGCAAACAAGUUUCCCCUUGAAGACGACGUAGCGAAUAGGUAUGGCUUUAUGUACUUUGCUUCCGGGCAUGAUCGGUGGAGGCUCUUUAAGCUUUACCGCCGGCUUGUAGUCGACUGGAGGAUUAACGAAGACGAGCUGCGCAGUGCGGUAGAGCGGAACAAGCUUCAGGAGAUGCUUACGUUUCGAUGCUUGCAAACCGGGGACCCUGGCAUGCUAAGAGACAUGCAGUGGCUUAAGAGCGAGGAGGGAUUUGGAACCAACAGCAAGGGGCCGGAACUUGCUGUUAUCUUCGAGGCGGCCCAGAGGGAGCUGUUAAGUCCUGACGAAAAUGAGGUGCCGAUCGUUGAACUUCAGCCUUUGGAAAAGAGAAAGGCGUUUGUCUUCUACGUUCAGAUCCGGAAUGGAUUCAAGCCUGAUGUGGAUGAGGAUAAUUGGAUCUCAUUGGGAUUUUGUACGGCCGCGGACCCCCAAUCAGAACAGCGACUCGUUUCCGUAUAUGGAUGGCUUGUCGAGCGAUGCCCGUUUGAUGAGUUCUGGAAUGCCAUGGUAGAGUCGAGGAUGGUGGAAUUGUUUAGGAAAUAUGGGCUUGCGGACCGAAUAUUGCACCUGCGCAAUUUCAAGAACUUCAUGGCCAUUGUCAAGAAACGGCAUCAGAGCGUGUGGGAGCUUAAGCGAUUUACACUCAUGAACGUAGCUGAUCCGUUCCGAGCCGUUGUAGUCGACUACGGAUUCAUGAACUGCAAGGAUGCACGCCAACGGAUGCAGCUUCGAGCGAUAUAUCAGGAAUACUUUGAACGGGGAGAGGAUGAGAUGAGACUCCAUGAAGCAUGCAUUGCCGGAAAACUGGGGAGCUUCCUAGAGUCGGUCUUAGGAAGUCUUGCGGUGCGCCCGGACCUUCUUCGGAAUUCUUAUCCCUUGGAAAACUGCCCUCUUAUGGGCAUGGUGACCGAUUCUGUUAUAGUGUGCCCAAAGUCUGUUUUGGACCAGGUGAAUGCUUUUGAGAGGGGUGAUGGGGAGGAGACAAUGGUAAUUCCGGAUGCCGAGGACGAGGCGAUGAUAAGAUGUAUUUACGAUCGUGCUGCGUUUCUAGGGACGGAAGUGAGAAAGCGGUAUUAUUCUGGAUCAGACGGCAAAGUUGUUACCCAGUUGGCGUGGUAGGUACUAGGGCUGGACACGAAUAAGGAUUUUGGCUAUUCGUAUUCGACUUUUCC